AUGUCUGGCGAGCAGGGUCAAGUUGACAACGAGUCCUUUGAGAAGGGCUUUGACGAGCAGGGGCGCGAAAACUCGUCCAGCAGAGCUUCAGAGCAUGUUUCCGACUUUGGCGGAGAGUCUCUCCUUCCCGCUCCUCCGAGUUUGACGCAAGCGCAAGCCCGUAAUCUGUAUCGCAAGCUCGACAUUCGUAUUAUGCCGGUAUUGGCUUUGAUGUAUCUGUUCAGCUUUUUGGAUCGAGGUUUCUCUUACCCCCCCUCCCCUUCUCAAGCAACUAACCUACUUCGUAAUGCAGGGAAUAUUGGGAACGCAAGGAUUCAAGGCCUCGAGAGCCAACUGGACCUGACGGGAAACAAGUUCAAUAUUGCUUUGACCAUGUUCUUCAUCCCAUACUGCAUCUUCGAAUGUCCUGCCAAUAUGGUGUUGAAAAAGUUUCGACCAUCGCGCUGGCUCCCAGGAAUCACUGUGGUAUGGGGGAUUAUCAUGACGCUCAUGAGUCUCGUGAAAACGUAUCCACAACUCGUCGGGACUCGUGUACUGCUAGGAAUAGCUGAGGCUGGCUUGUUCCCUGGUGUUGUGUACUACCUUACUCUGUGGUAUCCGAGACACAUGCUCCAGUGGCGCGUUGGCAUCUUCUUCGGCGCAGCAUCUUUAGCUGGUGCAUUUGGAGGUACUCUGGCAUUUGGUAUCAGCUUCAUGGGUGGGACCCGCGGCCUGCUUGCCUGGAGCUGGAUAUUCAUGCUGGAGGGCAUUGGCACUGUAGUUGUCGGAAUCCUCGCCUACUUGGGUACUUGCGUUUCUCUGUGGAUACUUUCUUCUGCUUAUGUCGCAGUAUUGGUCGACUUUCCAGUGACGGCAACAUUUCUCAAACCGGAAGAAAGAUCGUAUAUCGUCUGGAGAAGAAAACAAGACAUUCUGGCACGCGGGGAAGAAGAACAUUUUGAGAUGAGGCAUUUUUGGGAAGCCGUGACAGACUGGCAGGUUUGGGUGCACAUGCUUGUCUAUAUGUCUGUCAUCACGAACCGUAAGUUGCCUUUUACUCUGGUCUUGGCCUUGCUGACUUGUCCUUCACAACAAGUUUACGGAAUCACUUUAUUCCUCCCAACGAUUAUUUCAACUUUCGGCCACAGCCCAGCCGUUUCGAAUCUCCUCACUGUGCCACCCUACGUUUGUGCAACGAUCGUACUCUUCAUCUUCGCCUAUUCGUCGGAUCGUUUGAAACUCCGUUUUCCGUUCAUUCUCGCAGGCUUCUGUUGCAACCUGAUUGGGUUCUCAAUCAACAUAUCCGAUGCGCCGUCGGGUGUCAAGUAUUUUGGGACCUUUUUCUGCGUCACCGGCGCGUAUGCCGCUGUCCCAGGGAUCGUAGCAUGGACCGCGAACAACUUGUCGGGAGAGUACAAACGUGCAAUUGGCACUGCCAUCCAGAUCGGCAUCGGCCACUUUGGAGCCGUUUUUGCAAGUAAUAUGUAUCGGACCCAGGACAAGCCUCGUUUCAUUGUCGGGCAUGGCUGCGAGCUUAUGUUUGUGGCACUCGGACUUAUUUCGACCUCUGUUGCUGUAUUUCUUUCGCAUCGGGAGAACCGUAAACGGGACGCCAUCAUGGCAGGGAGUAACGAGAAGUCCUACAGUCAGAACGAGUUGCGAAAAAUGGGCGACAGGGCUCCUGACUUUCGCUAUAUGUUGUGA